CUCCUCCCUCCCACCAUGUCCGAACUGCCAGAUGAAUUGCUCAAAGAGAUCCUCGAGCCAGCUUUCGCUAUUCCUGACGCUCUCUUUCGCAACCCCUCAGGCCGCUCGCCUUUCUCCACUUAUGUGAACAACUACAAGACCUCGUCGCUGCUGCUCGUCAGCAAGAACUGGUGUCGCGUCGGCACGCCACUUCUCUACCACGAUGUCAUCCUUCGCUCGAAGGCUCAGGCUCGAGCAUUGGCAGCGGCCUUCAAGUCCAAUCCAGACCUCGCACGCUGGGUCAGAAAGCUGCGGGUCGAGGGUGGCUUCGGACCUUGCAUGCAACAGAUUCUGGAGAAGUGCGGGCCAAACCUCACGGACGUCUGUCUGACGACAGUUCUGUACAGCGACGACAGCGCCAGCGGAAUUGUGUCCUGCCUCAGUCUCCUGAAUCCAACGACUCUUGUGUUCCUGCACUCUCCCGAAGUUCGCGCGAAGGUGAACAGCAACAUGGCGAAGCUCCUUGCAGCUUUGUUCACCGCGGUUCCCACUUGGGAUAAACUGGUUAGU